UCGUCGCCGACCGAGAGAGAGAGAGAGAGAGAGAGAGAGAGAGAGAGAGGAGUCAGGCUCCGGCAGAUCGGGAAACCGUCCGGCCGGCGAGCAUGGAGGGUUGGGACCCGAGCACGAAGUCGACGCUGACCCAGAUCCCGCUCCUGGCGACGAAGGCGGGGCCGAGGGACGGCGGCGCGUGGACGCAGCGGCUGAAGGAGGAGUACAAGUCCCUGAUCGCCUACACCCAGAUGAACAAGUCCAACGACAACGACUGGUUCCGCAUCUCCGCCGCCAACCCGGAGGGCACCCGCUGGGCCGGCAAGUGCUGGUACGUCCACAACCUCCUCAAGUACGAGUUCGACCUCCAAUUCGACAUCCCCGUCACCUACCCCGCCACCGCCCCGGAGAUCGAGCUGCCCCAGCUCGACGGCAAGACCCAGAAGAUGUAUAGAGGAGGGAAGAUAUGCUUGACGGUGCAUUUCAAGCCGCUCUGGGCCAAGAACUGCCCCCGUUUCGGUAUAGCACAUGCACUUUGUUUGGGACUAGCUCCGUGGCUUGCAGCUGAGGUUCCUAUACUUGUGGAUUCUGGUAUGAUUAAGCACAAGGAUGACGCCCCAUCAUCCACUGAAUCGUAAUUUAGUUUGAACUUUUGAGACUGUAAAAGCAUACCUGGAUCAGUGACUAGUCUUGCUCAAAUAAAAUAAGUAACUGUUUACUUA